UACCAGAGGCUAAUACACUGUAUUGUACGGUUUUCUUCAGCAGCCGCUCAUUCAGAAUGAAUGCUUGUGGAAUUAUACCAUGUACGUAAUUUUGUUUUGUUUUCGUUAGGAAUAAUCUAGAAUUAAAUAAAAAGUGAAUUUUUAUUUACUUAUUUAUUUAAAAUCAUUAACGUCUUCGCUAUGAUGUUUGAGUUGAAAGUUCACCGCUAAAAAGGAAAAGAUGGCCGCCUCCAUUGUGGAGCACGGGGAAGAUGCCUUUAGGAAGUUGUUCAAAUUUUACAAACGCAGAAAACCACCACCCGAUUUCAGCGAUGUGAUCGACUUCUCCAAAGGUUUGAGAAAUGAAAAGGUGUUCAGUACUGAACUGAGCCCAGCAGCGGUCAGCGAGAGCGAUGCUCGCCUCGCUGGACUUCAGCCAGUCCGGGACUGGAAGGCCUUUGGUCUCCAGGGUUAUCCAGGGUUCAUUUUCAUUUCCAACCCGUUCCUGCCCGGCACUCAGCAGUACUGGGUGAAGCAGUGCAUGAAGGUGUACCCACAGAAACCGAACGUGUGCAAUUUGGACAUGCACAUGUCCGCAUCAGAGACCGGGCAUAUCUGGGAGGAUAGCUCACAGCUGAUGAGGAGCAAAGUGUCAGGAAAGAGGGAACCCAAAACACUGCUGGAGAAGUUGCGUUGGGUCACUUUGGGGUACCACUAUAACUGGGACACCAAGACGUACUCCGCAGAGCAGCACACGCCCUUCCCCGCAGACCUGCACGCUCUGUCCAAUCACGUGGCUGCAGCCUGCGGGUUCCCCGGCUUCACCGCCGAGGCCGGGAUCCUGAACUACUACCGCUCGGACUCCUCCCUGGGGAUCCACGUGGACGAGUCGGAGCUGGACCACAGCCGGCCCCUCCUCUCCUUCAGUUUCGGGCAGUCCGCAGUCUUCCUGCUGGGCGGAGCCAGAAGGGAGGAUCCCGGCACGGCCAUGUUCAUGCACAGCGGUGACAUCAUGGUGAUGUCAGGCCCCAGCCGCCUGCUGUACCAUGCGGUGCCUCGCAUCGUGGCUGCCCCGGCCGGGGCCCCCCUGCCCCCGCCCCUGCUACAUGGGCCGGACCAGGACACCCCCACGGACUGUUUGGCCCAAAGGGUGCAGGAGGGGGACUGGGCGGUGUGCGCCAGGUACAUCCAGACGUCCCGCAUCAACAUGACGGUCAGACAGGUCCUGGGGCCAGGCCAGACCUUUCCUUCAGUGACCCAAAGACGGGCGGAGUCUGCAAACACACAGACCUAUCAUGAGUCAGAGUCAGAGGAGGAUGAGGACUCAAACGCCAAAAAGAGAAGAAACGGCUCGGACAGCUCUGUUAAGUCAUGACAGAUAUGCCAAAUAUCAUUAUGUAUUCAUAAAGGUGAUUACUCUCCUCCUUAAUUUAAGAAAUACCCAGGUUAAAAUAAAAUGUGUUAUUAGUGUAUUUUA